AUGGUUUUCAACAGGGUGUUCUUCUUCUUCUACAACUUCAUCGGCUUCCGAGGAAGGCCGAAACUCAAGCAAAAAACUCUGCUUCCUCACGGUGGCGAUUCAACUCUCCGGCAGAUGGUGGAGGAUGAGUCCCGGAUACCUGAUUGUGUCACUCUUUCAAGCUCGGGGAAGGCGUUGGAGGGGGAGAUGUGCUGCUGCGUGUGCUUGUCGAGUAUAGAAGAAGGGAUUGAAACGAGUGUUCUUCCUUGCUUGCACGAGUUUCACAAGGUAUGUGUCGAUCGGUGGUUUGAAGAGCGUCGGAGAACUUGUCCGAUAUGCCGGUACUCAAUGGAAGGAGCAGGGCAGGGUAAUGAAAAUGGGACUCAGAUUCUCACAGAUGAGAUGGUGAUAUGGUUUUCUUCUUUUCACACCUCUGGUUUCUAA